GUAGACUUUUGUGAACCGUAUUUAUGGACCAACUCUCGUAAAAUGGUGGGUUUCUAGUACUGCAGCUAACGUGAAGAGGCACUUACGGACAUCCGGUCUUUAUAUCCCACACUGGAUUCCCAAACAGGCUAUGUUCACUAUAGCAGACAUAUGCCAAAUGGUUGGAUCUAUCUCUUUCGUGUCUUACGAUAUUAUGGUGAAGACGUUUAUAGUGUUAGUAACCAAAGAUAUGGAGGUUCUCAAUAGAAAGCUCUUGAAAUGUUACGACCAGCAGGCAUGUGGGAAUGAUAGAAACUUCCAGUUAAGAUUGAAGGAAUGUGUAGACCGAUACAACUUGCUAAGGGAUGUAUGCCAAAUGUAUGUUGGUUACAUUUUUUUCUACAACCUUCGCUUGCACAGUAUGUCUCUAUAUGAUUCUGGAGACAUUGGAUCCCAAAAUACUCAUGGAUGGAAUAAUGCAUAUGGUUACAGGUUUAUACUUUAUGGUAAUGUUUUACUGUGUUCCAGGGCAAAAGCUUGCCAAUCAGGUGGAGCAACUGUCACUGAAUGCGUACUUGAGCGACUGGCAAGAUUAUCCCAAAGAGCACAAGAACAUGGUCUUAGUACUGAAGAAGACCCAAGUGGAAUUUGGAAUCAGGGCUGGUGGUCUGAUUCCAAUAAAUAUGCCAACCUUCAUGGCGGUCUGCAGAGCUAUUAUAUCUUACUGCAUGUUCUUCAGGACAAUCGACGGAGCACACAACUAAAAGUUUAA